UCGGAAGAGGAGAAGAAGAAGACGAUUUCGCUUUCUGGUCUUCUCAACGUUAUUGAUGGUGUCGCAUCCCACGAAGGUCGCGUCCUAGUAAUGACAACUAACCACCGCGAAAAACUUGACCCUGCACUGAUCCGCCCAGGUCGUGUAGACCACGAGGUCGAAUUCGAGAACGCUACCCAGAAACAAGCCCAAGAGCUGUUUGAGAGGAUGUAUACCACGACGGCAGUAUCGACGAAAGCAAAGGAUGAGGAGUUAGUUACGGAGGAGUUAAGUCAGAUGGCAAAAGAAUUCGCAAAGAAAAUUCCGGAUCGUGUGUUCUCUCCGGCCGAGAUCCAGGGGUUUUUGUUGAAGCGGAAGAAGGAGCCGAGGAAGGCGCUACUUGAGGUGGAGGACUGGAUAGAGACAUUCAAGAAAAAAGGGUCGAAGUGA